AUGGCUUCUGAGGAUGCGACUUGGGGUGGAGAGGAGCACGAGGGUGCGGAUGCCGCUCAGCUUCAGCCUCAGCCUAGCGAAGAUCAAGCCGAUGACCACUCCGCGCCAAAUUCGCACGUGCCCAGUGACUCCGUCGACGUGGGAGCGGACGAUGAGGAUGAUGCCGAAGAUGGCGGAGAUUACGACCCCGAGUCCAUCUCGUUCGACCCAGCUCCCCAAGCGCCCGACGUCGUCGCGCCGCCGGCGCCGCCCGCUCAACCGGCGAAACCAAAGAUGACGGGGGGCUUCCUCGUCGAGGUGUCCGAUGACGAGGAGGACGCCGGCGCUUCCGAGGUGCCGCAGGUGCAGGUGCAGGCCCCGGCCCAAGCGAGCCAAGACGUCAAGGACGGCGCGGUGGCCGCACCGCCGGCGUCGAGCACUUCGUCGGCCGUGCUUCCCAUGGUGGCGAGUCUUGAUCCGGUCGCGAUGCUGGAAGCGCGCGUCAAGGAGGACCCGCGCGGUGACAUGGACGCCUGGAUGAACCUCAUGGCCGACCACAAGCGCCGCGGCGGCUUGGAUGCCCUGCGAAACGUCUACGGCCGAUUCCUCGAAGUCUUUCCACAAGCGGCUGAUGUUUGGGUCGAGUGGAUCGAGACGGAGCUCGGUCUCGACAACUUCAUGGAGGCCGAGAGGCUGUUUGGAAAGAGUCUCAUGGGCGUCCUCAACGUCAACCUUUGGACCCUCUACCUGAACUACAUUCGCCGUCGCAACGAUCUCACCAACGACGCGACGGGUCAAGCGAGACGAACGGUCGCUCAGUCGUACGACUUCGUCAUCGACAACAUCGGGUCCGAUCGGGACUCGGGUACAAUCUGGCAGGAUUACAUCAACUUCGUCAAGGGCGGUCCGGGCCAGGUCGGCGGGACGGGCUGGCAGGACCAGCAGAAGAUGGAUCAGCUCCGAAAGGCGUACCAGCGCGGCAUCGACGUGCCCAUGUCGACCGUCAACAACCUCUGGAAGGAGUACGACCAGUUCGAGAUGGGCCUCAACAAGGUGACGGGUCGAAAGUUCAUCCAGGAGCGUUCGCCCGGCUACAUGUCGGCCAAGAGCGCCAACAUUGCGCUCGACAACAUCAUGCGAGUGCUGAGGCGGACGAACUUGGCCCGGCUGCCGCCGGCUCCGGCAUUCGACGGGCACGACGAGUUUCAGGCCCAGGUCGAGAUGUGGAAGAGGUGGAUCGCGUGGGAAAAGGACGACCCCCUGGUGCUCAAGGACGACGACAACCAGGCGUACAAGGAACGAGUCCUCUACUGCUACAAGCAGGCCCUCAUGGCCCUGCGCUUCUGGCCCGAGAUGUGGGUGGACGCGGCCGGCUGGUGUCUGGAGAACGACGUCCGCGACGGCGACGGCAAGCCCGUCGGCACCGAGCUGCUGCUGCAGGGCAUCGCCGCCAACCCGGAGAGCGUCCUGCUGGCCCUCAAGCACGCCGACCACAUCGAGAUCAACUAUCCCGAGAAGGACGGGGACAAGACGGAGUACGCCAAGGCGGUUCGGCAACCGUACGACGCCCUGCUCGACACCCUCUACAAGAUGGGCGACAAGAUCAAGGAGCGGGAGAAGCUCGAGGUCGGCACGCUCAAGCAGGCCGCCUCCCAGGAGCCGGUCCGAGAGUCGAUCGAGGAGAUGGACGACGACGACGGCGACGAUGACGAUGACGACGACGACGACGACGACGACGACGAGGGCCGCGGAGAGGUGAAGAAAGCGAAGAAGACGCCGACGGAGGAGCGGAUCAUGGCGAUCCAAAGCGCGUACGCCGCCGAGUCGCAGCUUCUCUCGCGGACCAUCUCGUACGUCUGGAUCGCCUUGGCCCGCGCGAUGCGGCGCAUACAGGGCAAAGGCAACCAGAGCGAGGGCGGCCUUCGCAAGGUGUUCACCGACGCGCGGCAAAAGGGCCGCUUGACGAGCGACGUGUACGUCGCCGUCGCCAGGCUCGAGUCGGUCGUCUACAAGGAUCCGGUCGGAGCGAAGAUCUUCGAGCGCGGCGCUCGGCUGUUCCCCAACGACGAGGGCUUCAUGAUCGAAUACAUCAAGUACCUCCAUGCGAAGGACGACACGACCAACGCGCGCGUCGUCUUCGAGACGUGCGUGAACCGGCUCAUUGCAAAGGCCGAGACGCUGCCGAAGGCGAAGCCGCUGUACGCCUACUUCCACAAGUACGAGUCGCAGUAUGGCGAGCUCUCGCAGAUCUCGAAGCUCGAGGCCAGAAUGGCGGAACUGUUCCCGUCGGACCCCAAGCUCAGCCACUUCACGGCGCGCUUCUCGACCGACAAGUUCGACCCCGUCGCGGCGCCCAUCAUCAUCUCCAAGGCGGUGCAGAUGCGACCGAGACGGACGGCGCCGACCAUCGAGCGGCCCAUGCCGAGAAGCAGCAUGCCGCCGUCCCGGCAGGAGAGGAGCCCUCGACCGCAGUUUGCGCGCGCGACCGCGUCCCCGAAGCGGCCGUUCGCCAUGGACGACGACGAGGGCAACCCCUCCAAGAGGCUCGCCCGAGCCGUGUCGCCGCUGAAGGGAGCCGCCGGCCGCCGGCUCGACCAGCAGCGACGCAACCAGUCGUCGGCCCUCCACCGGGACAUCACCUUCCUGCUAGGCAUCCUUCCGCCGGCCCACAGCUACGACGGCCCGAAGCUGAAGCCGGCGGCGGCCGUCUCGCUGCUCCGCGACACCCAGCUCCCCGACUACAGCUCCUGGAGAGCCAAGACGGGCGGCCAGUAUCGCACGCCGGCUCAGACGCUCCCGAGGCCGACGGUUGGGGAGUACGGCGGCGGCGGCGGCGGCAGGCCCAUCAGCCCCUACGGCCGAAUGGCACCCGGCUCGGCUGCCGGCGGCGGCGGCGGCUACCGGAAUUCGCCUCUCGCGAGCUCGUACGCCCCCCCCGAGGCCGGGGCCGCGCCGGUGGCCUGGUCGGCCGUUCAAGGAGCCGGUCGGUACGAGGCGGACGAGCCAUGGAACUUGGAGGCUCUGCCAAACAUCUCGCGCGGGUCGACGGUAGAUUCGGGGCGACUCGAGCAAGGGCACGCUGCCGAUCCCGCACACGUCUACGUGUUGGUUCAUGGGUUCUGCAGUCGCCGACCCUCAGUCUUCCUCGGCGGGGCCGGCACCAUGAUCAUGCCCAGCUUGUCUCGUUCGAUCUCGGCUGCCAUCUCGGGCCGCAUGCUUCCGUUGCCAGCCCUGCGCCGAAAGGCCAAGCUGACGUCGGACGCCGUCCGUCCCUUGCUGGCCGGGUGGCACCAUCCACUUCGGCCAGAGCCGGUUCUCGAGGAAGGCAAGGAGUAUCCCAUCGUGCGAUGCUGGUGA